AUGAUGAAGCUGGUAUUGCCUAUCCAGAGACAGUAUCUCAAAGCCCUCGAGGCCGACAACGACAGCUUGACCGACUUGUCUUUUCAGUUCGGUCACUUGGCAACAGAACAGAACUUGCAGAUUGUGUCUGUCUUCGAGGGACAGAAAACUAAGAUGCCCCAUUUUUGGAGAGGCAGCGUUCUGAUCGUCCCCAAGCACUCGGCACAGCUGGGUAUUGGUAGAAACGAACAGCAAUUCAGUAUCAGCGGGGGCGAUCAUCGCAACAUGUGCAAGUUUUCAACCUCGGACGAUCCACAGUAUCGACAGCUCUCACACGCUAUCAAGAGGAUUUCGAUUGAUCCUUUGAGCUCGAAACCUGAACUAGAUGAGGUCAAUGCCAUGCAGAACCUGUCAUUGUCGCCUCAAGUCUUAUGUAUGAAAAUGCUCAACACAUUUGAUGCAAUAUCGGCCAAGGAGCGUGUACCUGUCCCAGUCAAGAAUACACUAGACUGGUUGCUAGACGGAAAGAAAUUUAAACGGUGGGUAAGGGACGAGAAAGCCCAACUCUUGUGGAUACAAGGUCCACCUGGGUCCGGGAAAACAGUCAUAUCGGCACAUAUUGCCUCUGGCUACCUCCAGAACCUAUGCCCCCAAUCUGCGAUUUGCUAUUUUUUUUGCAGUCGACUGUCUGAAGAUCAAAAUGAUGGUGUAGGUAUGCUUCGCGGAAUCUUAUACCAACUAUACGCUCAGCGUCCAUACCUGGUUGAACAUGCCAUAGAGCGUCAGAAAACUGCCAACGAUUUCGCACAGAACUCAAGAUUACUCCUAGACACAUUCCUACAGUCAGUUAAAGAUCCUAGAAGCGGACAGGUCUUCUUGCUCGUUGAUGCGCUAGAUGAGUGCGAAACUGUUGACGCAGUUGUUUUUCUGGGACGACUAAUUACCGAACUCAAGUCCACGAGACUUAAAGUUCUCAUCACAUGUCGUAUAGAUGACCGGUAUGAUGGGCUCUUAGAAACAUCGGAAAAACGAGGGAAAGCGGAGGGAACAUUCUCAAUCCACAAGUUGGAUUUGGCAGCUGUGAAGUACCGUAAGAACAUCGAGGGGGCUCUUGAGGUGUUUAUCAGAGCUAAAGUCAAUGAUAUUGCCGAAAUCUUCGGAUUAGACGUCGAUAAAGCGAACGAGCUGCGUCGGAAAGCAACGCAGAAGGCAGACAAGACAUUUCUGUGGGUGUCCUUAGUGCUUGAAUUACUUCGAGACAGUGCCAGCAUGUCGCCGACGAGCAUCGAACGCAUCCUAAACAGCCUGCCAAGCACUUUGCAACAGACCUAUCACCACAUAUUAGAGCAAGUCAGAGAUGAAGACAGACCCAUGGCUCUUAAGAUGCUCAAGGUCGUUGCAGCUGCACGGAGACCGCUAUCUCUACCGGAGAUAAAAGUUGCCUUUGCAGUCAAUCCAGAGUGUCGAUCAGAAGCGGAGCUCAAGAACAAUUAUGAGCCUCACAUUGAGAGAACAAUACGCCAUCUCUGCAAGCAGAUUGUGACUAUCGCAGACGACAAGGUACAUUUCGUCCAUUCAACCGUUAUGGACUUCCUUGCGAGCCUAGCAGUGAGCGACCGACCGUGGUACAGCUUCACCAUGACCGAUGCCAAUCUUGAGAUGUCUACAAUCUGCAAUUCCUACCUCACGCUGUCAGAUUUUGACAACCAGCCUCUCGUUAUUGAAGACUUCAUUCAUGGACAGACACAACAAUCUCUUGUGGAGAAGUACACAGCUUCCUUCCCAUUCUUGAAUUACGCUGCGUUAUACUGGGCCGAGCAUUAUGAAUGCUGCGAAGCCCAAACAACCUCAAGACUGGUCAAUCAAGCAAUGAGUAUAUCCAACGUGGCUUCCGGGCUGUUCAAGACAUGGUUCGCCGUAUACUGCGCCUCCCAGCCUCGUACAUUUGGGUAUCCAAAAGGGCUAUCCACGUGCCAUAUAGCAGCCCUCAAUGGCCAUACUACUGUCAUUGCCCGACUUCUAAACAAGGCGUUUGAUGUCAGACUCAAUGACGAUCAAGGCUGGGCCCCCCUCCACUGGGCAUGUUAUGGCGGUCACGCAAGUGUUGUACAGCAGCUGAUUCAAGCUGGAUCUCCGAUUGUUUUUGAGAGCACUCCAAAAAGGCCUGGGAUGCUGGACCUAGCUGCGAGCCGAGGGCAUUCUGAUGUCAUGAAAACAUUGCUUGCACCUAUCAAAGAUGCCAACCUCUCCAGUGUGCCUCCUUCGCCCGAGGCGAUUGUCCUUGCACUUGAAAGCGCCGUGAGAGGCGGACACACGGAGACUAUGGAUCUCCUAUUGGACCUCUACCUUUCGGAUACAGAUGAAAAGGCUCCUAUGCAGCAAAAAUGGGAGAGGGACCACCUAAAGUGUAAGAGAGCUGCGCGCAGGUUGGCCAGAAUUGACAACACUAAAUCUUUCCUGGAGAGGCUGUACUUUGGACUUGACAUAACGCAGGACCGUUCCAUACUCACUGUAGCGGUUGAGACCGGGAAUGUCUCUCUCGUCAAGACCCUGGUAGAAGCCGGCGCAAUAAUCAAUGAAAACCCCGGCAGCGGUCCUACGCACGCCCUUACAACACUACAAUCAGCGGCGGAGCAAGGAAACCUCGAGAUCGUCCGAUACCUGAUCGAAGUAGGGGCUAAUGUCCGUGGACCGCCAGCCUUCCACCGCGGCAGAACAGCCUUGCAAGCAGCAGCGGGAAGUGGAAAUCUCGCCGUCGUCAACGAGUUGCUCCAGCAUGGAGCCUCCCCACGAGAAGACCCAGCACCCUGGAUGGGCGUUACCGCAAUGCAAGCAGCAGCAGCAGGCGGGCACCUGGAAAUCGCACAGCAACUGAAAGAGGCUGGCGCCGACAUCAACGAACCGGCGCCCUGGCGUGGCUGUACGGCCCUACAGUGGGCGUCGUCGAAGGGGCAUCUCGAGUUCGUGAAAUGGCUACUGCAGUUCGAGGGCCUCGAUCUCGACGCCACCGAUCAGGAGCCGCACUACUGCCAGACGGCCUGGCAGCUCGCCAAGGAGUACCCCGCCAUCAGAGAGCUCCUGGAGGCGGCUGGUGCCACUCCGGAGGAGAAACGCCCGGGGUUCGAUUAUCAGUACAACGAGGAUGGGAAUCUGAAGCCUGAGUUUGCUGAUAAAGAGCCGCCGCUGGGCACAAAAGGGAUCACUGUGGAUGGGUGA